AUGAUGAUUGGAAUCCGCACGGCGAGUGUAGAGCGCGUGAAGCGGCUCCUCUGAACCUCAGUAUGUUGAUGCCUUAAUAACAAGUGUUCAAUUUACGCGCCAGUUGCAGGAGCACUCAAGGAGAGAAGCAGAUCCGUGAGAUGGUUCGGUAGAUCUCGAUGUUAUGGAUUUGACUAAAAUGGGUGCAAUCCACCUUCAGAACCCUGGCCACCCCACAUCUCUCCUGCAGAAGGCCAACCAGAUGCGCCUGUCUGGGACAUUGUGUGAUGUGGUCAUCAUGGUCGACAGCCAGGAGUUUCAUGCGCACAGAACCGUGCUUGCAUGUGCUAGUAAGAUGUUCGAGAUCCUGUUCCACCGCAACAGCCAACAUUACACUCUGGACUUCCUCUCACCAAAGACCUUCCAGCAGAUUUUGGAGUACGCCUACACCGCCACGCUCCAAGCCAAGCUGGAGGACCUGGACGACCUGCUGUACGCCGCAGAGAUUUUAGAAAUCGAGUACUUGGAGGAGCAAUGUCUGAAGAUUUUGGAAACCAUCCAGGCAUCUGAAGAGAAUGAUACAGAUGUGAACAUGAAUGAGAAUGGUGUCGAGGAUGUUGAAGACCGCAGGAUCAAGUACCUUAAGAGUGCAAUUAUCUCUAAAAAGCAUUCCAUACAAGAUGGUGGUUAUGGCACCGCUGCCCGCCAUCGCCUGGCUCUGGUCAGCAUGGUCGAUAAAAGAUCUUCAGAGUCUGCCCAAUUGGGUCUUUCAACUGUCAGCCCUACUAAAGCAGCAGUAGAGGGCUUGAUGAGCAUGGGACAGUCCGUCCUCCAAGGCAACAUUGGACAGGGUUUCUCGCACAACAUUAGUAACUCAUCUCCAUUGGUAGAUAAGAUAAAAACUGAGAUGAUGCAAGUAGACGAGGACUAUCAACAUGAAGGUGGCUUCCCUAGGAACGGGGAGGGUGGCGGUGACUCCAGGCAGCACCGGGACACUCCUGGAACCCCGACCAGAGGCAGCGUCAUCACCAGCGCCCGCGAGCUCCACUCCACCGAUAGUUCUGUUGACUCCCAAGGGGACAACAACCAAGCCAGUUUGAUCAGUAUGGCCAGUCUGGCUGAUAGACAUUUUGCUUCGCUGUGCUCCAUCCCAUCCAACCAUAAGAGCGAAAGCAUGCUGCCCGUUCCUGUGUCCAUGGCUUCGUCCCUACAUAUGCCGCCAUCCCUGGCCAUGUCUAUGGAUUUCAGUGCUUACGGGGGGCUCUUCCACCAGAGCUUGAUUCAGAGGGAGUUCUUCAACAAGCUCGGGGAUUUCGCAGUAAAUGUGAAACAUGAAGUCCAUACCCAGAAAGAGCGGUGUGAGGUGUGUGAUAUGGAGCUGCCCGAUAAUGAAGCUGCUGAACAACACAGGAAACUUCACGGUGGAGUGAAGACCUUUGGCUGUGAGUUCUGCGGAAAGCAGUUUCUGGACAGUUUACGGCUGAGAAUGCACAUGCUGUCUCAUUCAGGUAAAACACUGCGGUCACACACAAACACAGUCCUGAUAAGGAUGAAAACAUAGGUUACAGUGCCAUUGCACAAGUGAUAUGUGAUCACUGUUGAGCAACAAGUGUCAAGCCCUGCUGCCCUGUGUUUGUCCAGCAUGUACUGCACGCUUAACCUGCUGUAACAGAUGGAACAUUGCACUUGUGUGCAUGGGUGACGCAGUGUUUGGUUAUCCCCGUCUUCCCAAUUCCCCUUCCACUCUCAAAUGCAUCUCAACUGUUACAUUUCAAGCCUGGCAGAGGUCCAGUCUGGGCACUUUGCCAUGUGAUUAGUACAGUACGUACAGUGAAUAUUGCCAGCUUGGUUUUUUCAACCAUUGUAAGGAGGAGGUGUAGGACACAAACACACUUAAGGGAGGGAUAGAUCCAGUUGUUUAUACACAUUCAAAGCCAUAAUUAAGCGAUCAUGUUGAAAUGAUGCUGUUGCGUGUUAUGUAAGCGUGUGGUAUUGUUUCGUACCGAUGUGUGCUAUUAACUUCGAACUUUUGCCGUCGCAUUUUGGUUAUCAAAGGGGUCUGUUGCAUAACUGUAGACAUAAAAUAAACCAGACGCAGACUGCUAGAGUGAAGUGUAGCACUGAAACAAUGUGCUUUUGGCUUAUGUCGUUCAGCUGUCUUCCUGUUUUUUAUUGUAGCUCCCUUUUUAAGAUUU